AUGAAGCUUGGUGGAAACUUUGUUAGCAAAGGUAUUGGAAUCCUGUGUCAAGGUCUUGGAGUCUAUCAGCAGUUAUUUAAAAGGAGUGGAUUAGCAGACAGAGAGGCUCUGAACCAAUUCAUCAGUAAGGGCAGCAGAGAUGUUAAGAAGACCGCAGAGUGCCUUAUGGAGGUUGAGGAUGAAUGGACCAACUUCCUUAGGCAACUGGAAGCCAGGGAAGGUGAGAGAAAAUCCAUUGUAAAGCCAGAGGUUGGUGAUGCAGCUCCUAGAGAUGUAGUUCUCCAUCGAGUGCCUGAUUCAUUGCAUGACCAGCUUGGGGCGGAAGUCAAUUUACAUGACCUCCUCCCAAUGCUACCCCAGGAGAGGACUCUACUUGGUGAACUCACUGCUGCUGGUUGCAAUGUGGUGGUAUUAACAUUUGGGGAGAUGUCAGGUGCAAGGAGAUGGCUGGAGGAAACUCAAUGUCCUUUCCCUUACUUCACUGAACCAACUCUUUCCAUUUACCAGAAACUUGGGUUGAAAAGGUCCAUCGUGUCUGUCUGGAACUCAACAGCCCUAGGUUUUUAUGGUGCUCAGAUGGCCAAGGGAACACCACUACCAAAGGCAUAUGCAGACAUUGAGGACGACCCACACCAAAUGGGAGGGGACUUCAUCGUCGAUAAACAUGCAAAACUUGAAUUUAUAUAUCAUAGUAAAGUGCCAAGUGAUAGGCCUUCUGUAGAUCUCAUUCUUGCAUCAUUGAAGAGAAUGAAUCAGCCUUAA